CAGGCCACCUGAUGCUAGAUCAGCACUCGUACUCUGAGACACUUUGUGGAUAUGUGCCCAGAUCUUCAUACAAUGAUUUCAAUGAUCCUAAUAAUGACAAUGCUUCGUAGUUUCAGUGUCUUCAAUUGCCAUGCCAGUGAGUAAUGACCAGGCCCGAGGCCCCCUGGCUACAAUCGAGGACCAUUCACAAUACCACCACAUGCCUCAGGAAGACAGAACUGCAUUGUCCCUAAUCAAGCAGGAAAGAGUGGACAGCUGUGGCGUGGACCUGAAGGUAGAACAAAACAUCAGCUCAGAGAGUAGACCGACUGUUCCAGAACCCAACGACGAUGACAGCGAGAGACAUAACGUGGCUGACACUCACAGCUCGCCCACUGCAGCCACAGAGGACCCCACUGAGCCCACUAAGACCAGUGGAUCCGACGCUAACCUCAAGUCAGAGAUGGGGACAGAGGGUGUGAACCAGAGACCCCAGCAGCCAACAGGACCAGAUCUCAGCACAGAGAUACUGAAUAGCRCCGGUUUGGAUCUGGCUCUGAUGCAGGAGAGGGUCCUGGGGCAUCUGGGGCUUUCCUUYGCCCAGGCAGCAGCCGCAAKCGCAGAGGCCGCCGGGCAUCCYUCUUGUUCCUACCAAACCCAGGCUGAUGUAGAGAGCCAGUCCAGACAGUUCCCSGGCAGCGAUAUGGGCGUCUUCGCCCCCUUUGACAUGACAGCUCCUCCUCCUCCCGCACCGCCAGCGAAUCAGAGGCAGCKGCAUGGAGCCACGGCGGCGAACGAGCCAAUGGGCUGUAACUUCUGCGGCCGCAUCUUCCACAGCCAGGCGUCCCUGGAGGUGCACCAGCGGGUCCACACGGGACAGCGGCCGUUCAGCUGCCCACACUGCGGCAAGUCAUUCGCGCAGCCCAACAACCUCCGGGUGCACCUGCUAAUCCACAGUGGCGAAAGGCGGUACCGGUGCUCGAUCUGUGGGAAGAGUUUCAUUUCGUCAAGUCACCUUAAGAGACACAGGACSGUUCACACCCAGGAGAAACCCUACAUCUGCUCUCGGUGCGGCCAGUCCUUCACUCAACUCUGCAGCGUCCGGAGACACAGACAGCAGUCGCGGUGCGGAGAGCCGCCUCAUGCUCAAAAUGAACUCUCUGCUUGACUGUAGAAAAGGUGUUGUACAGUACGUGUGUGUGUUAGCUGUAUCUGACGUGAUUUACACUAGCUAUAGGUUUCCUGAUCAAAACGUUUCGCCUUUUAGUCUCUUGGAUGAUAGGUCCACAGAUAGAAAUUGAGAAAUGUAUGUUGUUAACUCUAAAUUAAUAUUUACCUAAAGAUGACACUGUCAUUAGUUUUAUGUGACUGUUUAGUACAAUACAUGCUGUCUUACCUUAGUCAUAAGGCAAGAUGGGGUUGUCCCUGGGAAAGGCUUGUUUUUAGAGUAGUACUUUAUUGAUCCCAACUUGGGAAAUGGUUUUAUCACUCAGCAACAUCAUCAAAUAAUUUUACGACUAGAAGAAGUCCAGGAGGACGAAGCAGGCCAUUUCAYAGACCAGUGGAUUGGACUGAGCCCUCAUCUGGCAUGGCUGACUUCACUGUGUGACUGAAUCACAGGGAUGAACGAUGCAACUAAUAAAAGGUUUUCCUGCAUGUUUUGAAGGGGUUUGAUGACAGGGUCAUUUGAGACCAAUGCACGU